AUGAGUAAGCGAGAGACUAUAAGAUACAAUACUACAUCUAAGACUUUAGUCAUAAGAGAUCUUCUUGCAAUUCAAGGAGUUGAUCAAAAACCUAGGCUUCAAAAAUUUGCUGCCCUAAAUAUUGCACAUAACAAGAUUGAUUCUUGUGUGUAUAACAUACACUUUUGGAUUAGGAAUGACGCCACUCAAAAUGAAGUGGAAACAUUUGCUAUCAUAUCAGUUAAGCUAGAUACAAUGUUAGGAGGGAGUGCUGCGCAACAGAGUGUUCUUCAAAGCCAUAAAAUUAGCAAAUUUUUGUUAAACUCUAAGCCUUGUAUUGUACCAUUUGAGAGUAGUGUCGCUUUUGGAUUCAAAACAUCAGAGGAAGAGGUGUUUGACACACGAUUGGAUGUAUACAACAGAAAGAAAAUUGUCAAUUUGAAGCAGGUUAUUUUUGCUCGAUUUUCACUAAAUCACGAUGAUGUAUCUAUCCUGGACGUAGAGAAAAAGAUUUAUCAGUUCAAUGGAGAAAACUUUAAUAUUUUGGAUAGGGUCAAGGCAUUAGAAGUUAUCCAGUUUCUAAAGAAAAAGUAUCAUGCAUGA